AUGGUACUUUUUGUUCUAGCAGAGGCUGCUGCUGCUGUAUUAACAGCCCCGGUUACACUUUCACUUGCGGCAGCGGCGACUUCAGCGGCUGUCUAUAAUGCUUACCUCGCAAAUCCUACACCAACAGGGACAACAGUCCAAAGUCCAAAGGCAGACACUAGUAUCAGCGAAGUGGUUCUCAGGAAUGAGAAAAAAAUAGAAAAUCAGCGGUAUGAGGAGAUGGUAUUUGAGGAGGAGAGGGAGAUACAAACUUUAAGGAGCCUCAUCAGUCAGUUCGGCCCGUCGAGCUAUCCGUAUGAACACCCGUUAAGGGUGUUGUGUCUAGACGGUGGCGGGGUUCGCGGCCUAUCCUCCCUCUUGAUUGUCAAGCAGAUUAUGCAACAGAUGGCCCCGAAUGUUAGGAACCCAAGGCCUUGCGACUAUUUCGACAUGAUAAGUGGUACGAGCACCGGUGGGAUCAUUGCGAUAAUGUUAGGUCGGCUGCAAAUGAGUAUAGACGAAUGUAUCCAGGCAUAUAGGGACAUGGCAAAGCGGGUAUUUGGAAUUGAGACGUUAGAACGUCUAGCGAGAUUUGGAGCAACAAAGGCUAGAUUUGACGCGGAGGUUCUAGAAAGGGUUAUUAAAAAGUACGCAGGAAACAAAUGGAUGGUGAACUAUUACCCUAAUGCCUGUAAGGUCUUUGUCGUUGCCGUUAAAAGCCAGAACAUCGACGGCGGACCCAAACUAUUUCGAACAUGGGGCCAAAGGGCUAUCGAUGAGCAGGUCCGGAUUUGGGAGGCAGUUAGAGCAACCUCCGCCGCUCCGACAUUUUUUAAACCGAUGAAUAUCAAUGGGGUUGAAUAUUCCGAUGGAGGUCUCGGAUAUAAUAACCCAGCAAUGCUCACCUACCUCGAAGUUGUUCAAACCUAUGGCAAAGGUUUUCCUAUAAAGUGUUUUAUCAGCGUUGGGACCGGGGCUUCGGCCAACAUCAAAAUUAGGGAUAACGAAGGAUUAGGCACAUACACCAUAGAUCUACUAAACUUUCUCAAAGACUUGGCCACAAAUACUCGGAGAGCGCAUCAUGAGGUUAAGGAACUGUUACAGUUUUCUAACAACUACUUUCGGUUCGAGGUAGGCAACGAUUUGGGAUCCCGGGUUGGAAUGGAUCGACAUGAUCUUUUGGGUGUCAUACAAAGUGAUACAGAAGAAUAUCUGAACUCUCGGGAUGGGAGAGAUAGUUUACGUAGAGCUGCUGGCGCCAUGAAAGCAGCCAUCCGGGAAAGAGUUCCUAGCCAUCUAAGACCAAUGCACAGUACUUUUGACAAUGCUUAA